AUGGCUGAGUUCCCAAAGCACCCUUUCUUACUCACCGUCAAGGAGACAGAGGAGGCUCUCGGAACCAAUGUCGAUAAGGGACUCACCUCGGAGCAGGUCCCGGGCCUGCAGUCGAGAUACCCUAAAAAUGAACUCGACGUCGGUGAGACUAUACCAUGGUAUAGUAUCCUUGCUAAGCAAGUAUUCAAUGCCAUGAUUAUUGUUCUCGUUUUUGCUAUGGCUCUUAGUUUUGGUAUCCAAGAUUAUAUUGAAGGAGGUGUUCUUGCUUUCGUCAUCUUUCUCAAUGUUACCAUAGGCUUCUGGCAAGAGUACCGCGCCGAAAAGCGCAUGGACGCUCUUCGCGCCUUAUCCUCUCCCAGUGCCAUGGUUCUCCGCGACGGCAAUACUCAAGUCAUUCCUAACUCCGAAGUCGUGCCUGGAGACAUCGUUCUGCUCAAAAUGGGCGACACCGUCCCAGCAGACCUCCGUCUUUUCGAAGCCAUGAACCUGGCCUGUGAAGAAGGCCAACUCACUGGCGAAUCUAUCCCCGUCGAGAAGACCACCGAGAACAACAUCUCUGCUCACGAGUCUGAUGCCGUAGCCACUUCCGAAGGCGAAGUUGGCAUCGGCGACCGCACUAACAUGGCCUACGCUACGACCGUUGUCCAAAAGGGCCGUGGCCGCGGCAUCGUCGUUGCUACAGGCAUGUCCACCGAGGUGGGCAAAAUCGCUGCUUCGACCGCAAAAAAGAGGCGCAAGGCUGGCCGAUCGAUGAAUUGGCGCAAAUAUGGCAAGAAGCAGCCCGUCGUUGGUCUCACGAAGCGCAUCUACGACUUUGUGGGAAAGUUUCUGGGCCUGACGGUGGGAACGCCUUUGCAGAGGAAGUUGUCGGCGCUGGCAUAUGUGCUUUUUGGCUGUGCUGUAAUUCUCGCCAUUAUUGUCUUUGGUGUGAAUGGCUUCAAUAUGCGGCAUGAGGUUAUCAUUUAUGCGACUUCGCUGGGUAUUGCCAUCAUUCCCGAGUCUCUUGUUGCUGUUUUGACAUUGACUAUGGUCGUUGCUGUAAGCGUCAUGAGCAAAAACAAUGUUCUCGUUAGAGAUCUCUCCGCCCUCGAGGCUCUCGGCGGCGUCACAAACAUCUGCUCCGACAAAACAGGAACGUUGACUGAAGGCGCUAUGAUUGUUCGCCAAGCAUGGAUUCCAUCUUCGCACGUCUACACCGUCCACGACUCGCAGAAUCCAAAUGAUCCCACAAAGGGACGCGUGGUCUACUCCCAAAGCAAAGGCGAGAGUACACCACCGCUCGAGCCUAUCAAUGAGAAACCGCGCGACUACGACAAGGAGCGAAGCGCCGCCGUGCUCAAGUUUGACGUCCCAGACGAGAAGCUCAACCAGUCGUCGGCGGCUAAACAACCUCAGGUCCCUGAGCCAGAGGCAAAGAUGACGGAUCAACUGCGCGCGUUUCUGCUUUCUUCUGCGCUUUGCAAUCUCGCCACUGUUCGAUAUGAUAAAGACGAAGAGAAGUGGCAGACUACGGGAGAGCCAACUGAGAUUGCGCUACAAGUCUUUGCGCAUCGCUUCAGCCACGGCAAGAAGAGUCUCGAAGGCCAAGGCUGGAAACAAGUCGCCGAGUUUCCAUUCGACAGCUCUAUUAAGCGCAUGUCUGUCGUUUACAACUCUCCCGAGGAUGAGCAAAGCUCAAUCGUCGACUCUCAUAACAGCAUGGUCUUUACCAAGGGCGCAGUGGAGCGUGUGCUUGAUCUAUGUGCCUUUGUGGGCGUUGGCGAAGGCCAGCAGCCCAUCAGCGAAGAGUUGAAAGAAUCUGUUCUACAGGAAAUGAACGCUCUCGCGUCGCAGGGCCAGCGAGUCCUUGCCGUCGCAUAUCGUUCAUGGGAAGGCCGGUUUACAUCCAAGCAGUCAAGCUCAAGCUCCGCCGAAGAAGACGAAAAGCUACGUUCUGCAGUUGAGCAGAACCUCGUUCUUGUCGGACUCGCCGGCAUCUACGAUCCUCCCCGUCGAGAGACAAAGGCCUCUAUUGCAGAGUGCUCCAAUGCCGGCAUCAAAGUGCACAUGCUCACUGGCGACCAUCCCGAGACUGCAAAGUCUAUUGCUAGAGAGACGGGAAUCAUUCCCAGAAACCUUGGCAUUCUGCCCGAGAGUGUCGCGCAAUCCAUUGUGGUCAAAGCUACAGACUUUGAUAAGAUGACGGACGAGGAGAUUGAUGCGCUGGAAGAACUUCCGCUCGUCAUUGCCCGUUGCGCCCCAGACACCAAGACACGCAUGAUUGAGGCGUUACGCCGUCGUGGUGCCUUUAUGGCCAUGACCGGCGAUGGCGUCAACGAUGCGCCGUCUCUGUCUCGCGCUGAUGUCGGUAUUGCCAUGGGCUCUGGCUCAGAUGUCGCCAAAUCGGCGGCCAAGAUUGUGUUAACCGACGACAAGUUCAACUCCAUUGUGGCCGCCAUCCGCGAAGGCCGUCGCAUGUUUGAUAAUAUCCAAAAGUUCGUUCUGCACCUUCUCGUAUCCAACGUCGGCGAAGUCCUGCUCCUCGUCGCAGGCCUCGCCUUUGUCGACGACAUGGGCUUCUCGGUCUUUCCUGUGUCCCCCUUACAGAUUAUCUGGAUCAACAUGGUCACCUCAUCGUUCCCGGCAUUCGGCCUCGGCCGGGAACCUGCCGCUCAGGAGGUGAUGCGCAAGCCGCCGCAGGACAAGCGCCGCGGCGUCUUUACGAACCAAAUCAUCGUCGACAUGAUUGUGUACGGCGUCCUGAUGGGUGCGUGCACGCUCUGCACGUUCUGCAUCAUCAUCUACGGCGCCAACGACGGAAACCUCGGCAUGGACUGCAACACCAAGUUCUCUGAUGCCUGCAUUCCGGUGUUCCGAGCCCGCGCGGCGACCUUUGCGGAGCUGACCUGGCUCAUCCUUAUCGCGGCCUGGGAGUUCAAGAGCCUGCGCCGAUCCAUGUUUCGCCUAAACCCGACCGACGACAGCUUCUUUCCCUUCUUCAAGGACGUCUACAGCAACAGGUUUCUCUUCUGGUCCGUCAUCAUCGGCAGCCUGUCCGUCUUCCCCGUUGUCUACAUACCGUUCCUCAACACGCGGUUCUUCAAGCACACCGGAAUCUCCUGGGAGUGGGCGCUCUCCGUGGGCUUCACCCUGAUCUUUGUUACUGGCGUCGAGCUGUGGAAGCUGGCCAAGCGGAGGUUCCGGCUUCUGGAAGAUCGAGCCGUGCAGAGGGGCCCCUGGGGGCAGGGGGGUCCGGAAGAUGGCGAGCCGAGAUUCAAGAGGACGUUUUCGCUGUCGAGUUUCAAGACAUGGGUGUCCUUCUCGAAGAAGGAGACGGUGGAGAGCAAUACGCGGACGAAUACACAAAGUCGCUCAGCAGAUGUAUAA